AUGAAACCAUUUGUAUGCCAUGCCAUCCAAACCCACGAGGGAAAGGUUCUUGCAGCCCCGAGUCCAAGAUUGCGGAAGCUCUUCGUUGUGCCAAGUCGGCACAGUGCCUUUGCUUAUCACAGCUUUGCAUGGGUCACUGGAAUCUUUCGAGAAUUGCUCUUUGUCGGUAAAAGAUCGUUGUCGGCUCCGAGAUCCUGCUACCAAGCUCACCGGCCAAAGCCCAAUGACUGGGAGAAGCUGAACACAACUGUUGAAGGCAACCUUCACGUUCACAUCCCUCCGGAAGCUGUUUGCCACAACACCUUCAACGCGAAGUGUGCUGAACUCAGCGCUAUCUACACGGAUGAGCAAUGGUCAUAUUUCACCAACUCCACAUGUCAGCCUACCGAGAACCCUGAAGAGUCUUGCACCCUGGGCAACUAUGGCGUCUAUGUAAUCCAGGCGACCACAAAGCAACACAUCAAGGCUGGUAUCGACUAUGCGAGAGUCAACAACCUCCGCCUGAUCAUUCGCAACACCGGCCAUGACUUCAUCGGACGCAGCACGGGUUGGGGUGCUCUCAUAAUCAACACUCACAGCUUCCAGGAUAUCACCUUUGCUGAGCAAUGGACCGGUCCUGGUGACUACUCCGGCGGCGCCGUCACUCUCGGUGCCGGAGUCCAGGGUCGUGCCCUGUUGAGGGCAGCAAACGCCCAAGAUCCUCCCGUCGUCGUUGUCACUGGUGAAUGUCCCACCGUGGGCGUUGCUGGAGGUCUCGUCGGCGGCGGAGGUCAUGGCCCACUGACUACGCUGCACGGCAUGACCGCUGACAACGCACUCGAGUUCGAGGCCAUCACCGCCGAGGGCGAGUACGUCAAGGCGAACGCGGACGAGAAUCCAGAUCUGUUUUUCGGGCUUAAGGGCGGCGGACCUUCUUCGUACGCCAUCGUGACUUCAGUGACUUUCCGGACGUACCCCGAGGAGAAGGCAGCCGGCGGCGUCUUGUACGUCAAUGGGACUAGCGGAGCCAACGAGACGACCGGGUUGUACGUUUACUUUGAGCUCGGUUCGAUGAUGCUCACUGUCCAGCCGUUUGUGGCGAUUGGUAAGACGCAGGGGGAACUCGACGCGAUUAUCAAGCCAAUGCUUGAUGAACUCAAGGCCAAUAAUAUUCCCUUUGAGUCUUCCACCAAAGGUUUCGGCACGUUCUUCGCCCUUUACACGGACCUUUUCCAAGACGAGCAGGCUGGUACCCAGGCCUUAGCCGGCGGGUGGAUGUUUAGCCACACUGAUGUUGAGAAGCGGAACGACCAGAUCGUUGAUGCUUUCAAGACCGUUGCUACCCCCCGAGAAGGACUGGCUGGUUUCAUGGUGGGACAUCUGUGGAAUGCUGGCCAUGGAUGGCCGGUAGCAAACAGUGCGACUCACCCAGCCUUCAGAAACGCGACCGACUUCAUCAUCAGUGUCAUACCGGUUCUUUAUGGCGCCAGCUUGGAAGAGAAAGCGGACCUGCAGAACGUCUUGACCAAUAUUCAGGAUGAGGCUUUGAGACAGGCUGGCCCUGAUGGGUGCACCUACGUCAACGAGGCUGAUCCCUUCCAGCCCAACUGGCAAGAUGCUUUCUGGGGUCCGGUCUACCCGACGCUGCUUGAGUUGCGCAAGAAGUGGGACCCCAACGGCAUCUUCUACGCCGUUGCGACCCCUGGUACGGAAGAUUGGGAAGAAAUCGAGUAUAACACGAGACUGUGCAAGAAACUUUAG